CCAAGAGCAGGCCUGCGAGCCGCGGCGGGUAACGGGGCCGGGAGUCACGGGGAGAAGCAUCAGCACAAGAAAUGGCAACAGGAGCUGCUGAUUCACACGGGAUUAUACAGCGGAGUGUGUAGUUCCAGAUGGCGUCUCAUCCAGCCCCUGCCACUUUGCUCCCUCAGCUUCUUCCAUUUUCUCAUCCACUCUAGGAACAGACCCAAUGACAAGCUGAACAAGGAAGCAGAGCAGCACGAAGAAAAGCAGAAGUGAGAGCCCUGGAGGUCUGGCCUGCCCCUGGGGCUGGCAGGGACCUGGGCUGGUUCAGGUGGCAUCUGCCUUAGAGACAUGGCCCAGCGGAUCGGGGCCGCGUGGCUGCCUUCGGCGGUGCUGCUUCUCUGGGUCCCAGGCUGCCUGGCUCUGAGUGGCCCCAGCACCGUGACGGGCACUGUGGGGGGAUCUCUGAGCGUGCAGUGUCACUAUGAGGAGGAAUCCAAGACGCUCAACAAAUACUGGUGCAGAAAACGUCUUCUUGUGCCAUGUACCAAGAUUGUGGAGACCGAAAAGUCAGAGAGAGAGGUGAGGAGUGGGCGUGUGUCCAUCAGGGACCGUCCUGCCAACCUGACCUUCACCGUGACUGUGAGAGACCUCACCAUGGAGGACGAAGGCGAGUACUGGUGUGGGAUGGACACACCAUGGUUCACAGGAACAGGAGCCUUCUUGCCUGAUCCUGUCGUCCUGAUCAAGGUGACUGUGAGCCCAGCAACGUCAGCAAACCCAGAGACAGCUACAAGCAUCCCCUUAACCAAGGCUUCAACAACCACAACUGGGAGUCCAGCUGUGGUGUCCACGACCCUGGCCACGACGGAGGCCUCCCCUAGUGCGAGCAACCAGGAGCAAUUGCCCGAGAGCCACGGCACCAGCUCCCCCGGGCUCCCGGUGCUGCUGUCAUUGUUGGCCCUUUUGCUGCUGCUUCUGCUGGUGGGGACCUCGCUGCUAGCCUGGAGGAUGGUGAAGAGACAGAGAAAAGCUGGUGAGAAUUCAGAGCUACCCUGGAACCCCACUCAGGCUCCUGAGCAGAGUGAGCUCUGCUACGCCAACCUGGAGCUGCAGAAGUGGCCCUCGCUGGGAGAGCUGGUGCAACCGAGGGGUGAGGAGGUGGAAUAUAGCACCGUGGCGGCCACCCAGGACAACCUGCACUAUUCCUUGCUGGCAUUUGACCUCCAGGGUCAGGACCCCAAGGCCAAUGGGAGCCCCUCCCGGAGGCCCCAAGAGGAAACAGAGUACAGCGUGAUAAAGAAGACCUAGGCCUCUGCCUCGGGCCGCAGCACCCAGAGGUCUCCUGGGGCCACAAGAAGCCCGGGACGGCCCGCUGGACCCUCAGCCCCUGCCUGGCUGGCUUCACUGGGCAGUGCAGGAACAGGGAUCCCUGUCCUGGAGGGGACCAGUGGCAAACCCUCCCUUCUCACUGGCUCUUGUUUUCCCACCUUCUUUAACGCAGCUCAUCCCAGCUCUGUAUAUGGAGGACGGGAGCUCCUUCAUCCUGUGCAGCCCCAGGAAAAGACGUGGCUCAAGUAGGAUGGUUUCUACACAUAACUGUACUGUGCAUGGCCCCAUUGACACGUCAGGGAGGACUUGGGAGUGGGGAGAACGGACAGAGGAGGCAAGGUAAUGCAGAGGAAGAGACGUGCUCACAUGUGGAGGGGCCACCUGGGGCCACUCGGGGCCACUGAAGGUCCGAGCCCUCCUCAUCUGCAGACAGGGAAACUGAGUCCCCGAGAGAGGAGCAACUGGCCCAUGGUUCCAGAAUCAGUAGCAAGUUCCCCUAGAGUCUUAGAUAGGUUUAUUUUUAAUGUAAGAUACAGGUAAACUAUAAACUAUUUUAGCAAGAGAGAAAAAAGUUAUUUAAAUAAUACCUUCCACACAUCUGCAAUCUUAUAUUACAGAAAGCCCCGAGCUUUGUUAUCAAAUGAACACAGAGAAGCUCUGAGGCUCCAAGAGGAUAUCCUCAGGGCUGUCUAUGGUGGACAGACAGGAGAGAGACAGUCCCAGCUGCUUUUCUCCACGCUAUAAAGCAUGGGCAGAGACCUCCUCUCUGGGAGGCUUAAACGUGGGGCCCCAGCUACCUGGAUGAGCCUGCUGCCAUCUUGGCGACUUUCAAAUCACCUUUCCCACCCUCUUGGCUCUGUGAAAAUGCAGUGAUUUUCUUGCCACUCCUAGCAGCAUGCUGACCUUCUGUUUUAAGUAAAUAACCGUUAAAAGCAGAGUGUGUUUCACGUAAGUCAAGGGUUUUUGACCACUGACAUUGCAACCAAAUUGUGACUUUUGCACAGUUUUCUCUGGGAUGUGGGCCACAGCUUUCAAAACAUCUUUUAGCAAGUAGAUGGUCCCCCAAAGCUGGAGACACUGCUCUGCUUGGUGUCUUCUUUAGAUGUGUCCUUGGGUGCGCCCGCACGUGCGCCACUCCGAACACUUCCUCUUUUUCUGAUGUUCUGAAAUGUGAAAGGGGAAAUACACACACACACACACACACACACACACACACACACACACACACACACGCACAGUGCUAGGUCUAUCUGUGGGGAGGGGCCCGGAGGGGCUGGGUGCCAUCAGCAGGGCUGGGGGCUGCAGUUCACAGAGCCCCACCUAGGCCUGAGCUGGCGGGGCCUGGAGAGGGGCCUUCAUGCCAGAAGGGAAGCAGCGGACAGCCCCCUCCCCGCCCACCCCAACCCCACACUGGGGCUGGGCCUCCAUUUCCCCUAAGGGGGAGGUGGGGAAGUUUAUGAUCCAGAACGACAGAUCCAGGGCUAGGCCCCAAAGCAGGGCAGGCACAAAUUCAGUGAUCAACUUGGUUUGGGUGAACCAGAAUGGGGAUGUGGGAUUGAGGGGAGGGUGGCGGGGAGUGGGGUGGGGUGUGCAGAUUCGCUUCUGGGUGUAGCCUGACACCCCUGGGAAAGUCCAGGCUCCCAGGCACACAGCCACAAGGCAGCCAUACCUCUGCUAAGGCUGAGCCCCUGCCUUCACCUCCCUUUACUUGCUUCUCUGCCUCCCACCCCCACCCCAGUCUCCCCACCCUGUCUGGGGAGAGUCCCCGGGGCAUCUUCCAUUCGGUGAUUCACCCCAUGGCAUUCCUGGGAGAACAGCUUUGUGCAGGCAGCUUGCUGGGCCCUGGGGGCACAGGGACAUGUGUAUGUGUGUGUGACACUGUGCCAGCCUUGGAAGAACUUUCAGUCUUGGAGGGAUAUGCACUGGGCCGUCUGCACUCACCUCCAUCUUUGGGGCUGUGGGCAGGGGCAGGGAUGUCUCCCAUUUGUGGGAAUGGGUGGAGGAGGAGAAUUUCCUUAGGGAUUUGAUCUGAGCCAAGGUAAAGAACGCUGAAGAGUGAGUAUCAGGGAAAAGAUGAGGCAAGGGCUCCUGUUUCUUCUGUGCUCUGGGCUGUUUUCCGAAAACACAUACACACAUAUUGUCCAAACUGGAAAAGGGACAUGGGACAGGUAAGCAAAAUUUCAGGUCCGUCUUCUUAGGUAAGCGAAUAUGGGAAGCCGUGGAGCAGGCAGAGUGGUGGGUAGGGCUGGGAUUCCAGGAUGGAGAGGGUCAAUCUCAUCUGCACCCCUUUGUAGAAGUGGGGAGAAGACGUCCCUGUGGUUUCUUGGGAGGCACACCUGGGUCUGAGCUCCUCUCUGCCCCUUAUAAAUGGAAUGAAGUAGGGCAAGUCACAGAUGGUUUGACUUUUAAUUUUCUUAUCUGUAAAAGGGGGGAAAUAACUCUCUACAUUCUUCUAUUUGUGGUGAGGAUAAAAUGAUAACCAGGGACCUAAAUUACAGAGCAUGAUGCCUAAUGGCCCCCAAUAGAUACGGCUGUUAUUAAAUGCUAUCCUUGUGCCCUGAAAACUUAGUCUGCUUUCCUUUCCCCAUUGCUCCCCAGCGAAACCAUCCUUCCCUAAACUGUCCUUUCCUAAUUGUUCUUACGUUAAUUAAAGCAAUUGAUGCUGAAGUACAAAUAAUCAGAGCCUUAACUUGAAAAGGGAGUCUACUAACUUCUGGAGGAAUGUGAGAUUUGGGGAAAAAUCCUUUCAGUUGGGAGCUUUCCACUCUUCUUUCCCUCCACUUCCCACCAAUGCACACACACACAGAACAGAGAAAUUUGAAAUCUUUGUGUUUGGAAACUAGUUUUGCAAUAUCAACCGAUGUAGUUUUCUAAUUCCUUGUGGUUCCUUCUAUUCCAUUCAGCCUGCAGUUCUGCUGCCUUCAUUGCUUUGAGGAAGAGAUGAGCUGGCAGAAAGCAGAAUUAAGGGUAAAAGCUUCACUCUGUAGUUUCACAAACUUUAAGCCUUUGAUGGAGGGAGAAGCAGUUGCGAAGAUCUUAGCUUUGAGGGAAGAAUGAUGAGUGCCAGCAAAGCUUUCCACCCUCAGAUCGGUGAAGAGCGGCCUGGCCCGGGGAGAGAGAGAAGCCAAGAGGAUACAGGGACAGCUAGGGGGGCCCAGGGUGGUGCCCCACCCAGAAGAGCUAGCAAAGCCGCCUGACCAACACAGCAGACUGGGCAUCGAGACUUAAAAUGUGGCUCAUACAAACUGAGAUGUGCUGGGAGUUUAAGGAGACAUAAUACAAAUAAAAGAAUGUAAAGUAUCUCAUUAAUAAUAUAACACAGAGAUUACAUUUUUAAAUUGUGAUAUAUGUUGGAGUAAAUAAAAAAUAAAAAUCAA